CCUACUCCUACUACUACUCCUACUCUUACUCCUACUCCUACUCCUACUCCUACCGAAUAUAUAUAUGUAGAUGGAGCUACACCACACGUUCCUUCAUGCCUGUAACAAUGAUUGAAACAUUAAUAGACCAUCUAGAUAUUGAGAGCAGAGUUUUGCACAAAGAAUCUGCUGAGGCUAAAGAGCAGAUAAAACUCUACGGUGAACCUAAAUCUAUUCUUGAUUGGGAACAGGAGAAGAAGAAGAGGAAGAAGAAGAGAAGAGAUUCUGAGGAAGAAGAAGAACAAGUUGAACACGUUCCAUCUAGUCUAGCAAACCAGUUCAAGAAUAUAGAGCGAGCAACCCAAACCUUAAAUAGUGGAAUUACACAUACUGAAAUGCAGACAGAGCCACCUCCCAGGUCUAACUUCUGUGAGACUGUCAAUCAAUGGGUUAUCUACGAGCAGUAUGAUAUGUACGAGAAAAUGAAGGAAAAGGAAGAAGAUACAGAAAAAAUGAAAAAGAAUGCAGAUCAAAAACCAGAGAAAAGAAAACUUCAUUCAGAUACAGUCAAGGAUAACGAGGGGACUCUUCUUCCUUUGUGGAAAUUCUGGUUUGAAAAAGCAAAUGAGCUUGAGGUAAUCUUUACAGGAUGGAACCUUUUCCGAACCAACUCUUACCUAGAUUCAAUUCUUCUCCAAACCAACUUUAACCUAGAUUCAAUUCUUCUCCAAACCAACUUUACACUAGGAUGGAACCUUUUCCGAACCAACUCUUACCUAGAUUCAAUUCUUCUCCAAACCAACUUUAACCUAGAUUCAAUUCUUCUCCAACCCAACUAG